AUGCAAGUCACUUUGAAGAAAAGAAACGGGAAGUUUAUUGGCGCUCUGGACGUGAGCGAGGACUGCACAGUCGAGGAGUUCAAACAGCUCUUCUAUACCCACUAUCGGUACUACCCGGAGAGACAGCGGUGGACAUUCGGAGACGCCAAGGGAAAGCCGCUUAUGGGCGACGCGACAUUAGCUGAAUGUGGGGUGCAUGACGGCUCUGUUCUCGUCUUCAAAGACCUCGGUGUACAGAUUUCGUGGCUUGUAUUUGUGUUAGAGUAUCUCGGACCUCUUCUUAUAUUACCUCUCUUCUAUCUUUUUCCUUCUACCAUCUACGGUGUACGACACCCCCCAGAAAAAUGUCUUGCACAAAAAGUCUGCUUCUGGCUGGCAAUGCUCCACUUUGCGAAAAGAGAGCUAGAGUCACUAUUCGUACAUCGGUUCAGCAGCAGUACAAUGCCCAUCAUCAGCGUCCCUAGAAACUGUGGCCAUUACUGGGGGCUCUUCGGAGUUUUAGUGGGUUACUUCCUUUUUCACCCUCGUUACAAGCCCUUGUGGCCCGACGAGCAGUCGCACUUUCCCAUCAUCUUUCUUGCGGCUGCAAUGCUGAUCUUUGAGUUACUAAAUUUCAAGACGCACUUGAUAUUACGAGGACUACGACCGCGGGGCACACGGCAACGAGGCAUCCCCUACGGCUGGGGAUUCGAUUAUGUCAGUUGUGCUAACUACACUUAUGAGACCUCCUGCUGGGUGUGUUUUUCCCUGCUCUCCUGGACUCUAACAU